AUGCCCAUUCCGACGCGCUCGGCCUCGCUGCGCGAGCCUCGUAAGCCUACGUCCACUCUCGCACGACCUGCCACGACCGGAACCAAAGAAGCAUCCCGAUCGAAUGAAAAAACACACCCAGCUGGAAACUCCUCGCCGGUCGAAGGCGCAUCGAAAGACAAUGAGACAACCAACCGGGGAAAGACUCUUCUCCCUCAACGCAGCAACCCCGUUCAAAACGAGGGCCGUGGACUGGGACAAGUCCGGUUUCAACCACCUACCAGCAGAAUCCCGCCACGUAGGGAGGUUUCGCCGAAGCGACAGCAUCAGACCCCAGGAGAGAAGAAGCAGGAACUGGCAGGGUCUACGGGGGUGACGGGUAGUGCUGCGCCGACACGCCAGCAGAGUCUCAUGCGCCCUGGGACAUUGAGAAUGCCCUCCACGAGAACCAAUCCGCCUAACCCUACGGGUUCUGCGCCUUCAAUUACGCCGCCGUCGCCUCGCAAGCAACCGAUCGCGCGCUCCCCCGUACGGCCCCCUUCACCAAAAAGGCCUCCGUCUCCCAAGAAAACCGAUAUGCCACCACCACCCCGUCCCGGGCGAUCGUCCUCGUUGAAACAGCCUGUGGGCACUGCAACCAAGCCUCCAGCUGCCGCCCGCGGCCAUGCGCGCCAUCGCAGUCAGUUUGCCCCGACGAGUACCAAGCCGACCGAACACACUCCGGCCUCAGGCCAGAAAACCCGAGCCCAAUUCUCCACUUACCAGCAGCACUACUCCCCCAAGAAACCGACCAAGCCCCCGACGCCUACCCCGGGUGCUGGCCCCGAAUCCAAUGAUCUCCUCAUCCCUUCGUCCUGGCCAGAUGUCGCAGCUUUGCAGACCGAACUGUUGCAGCUCAGCUUGUUUCAUUCUACUUCACUGCAGCGACACGCAGAGUGGAAAUCCGAUUCCGAGUCCCAUCUGCGUAAGCAAUACGAUACAGUUGCAGACCAGUAUCGCUCGAUGCUGGCUGAUGAAAAGGAACGCCAACGCCAGGUGAAUGCACAGGUUCUGGGCUUCUGGCUUCAGAACUGCCACGACCACCAGGGUCCGCACGGAUUCCCUGAGCAGGUGCAGGUCCUCUCGCAAGUUUUGCAAGAAAUCUCUAACCUUAUUGCGGGCGGAGUGGAUGCAAAGUAUCCCCGCGCCGCGGACACCUUCGAGGACUGGUUCCAGCAAGCAGAUGAGAUUCGGCAUGACCGUGAGGCAGCAGGGACAAUUGAUGGAGCCCUCUUCAUCGACCCGAUCGGCCACACAUGGAAGGAGGAGCUUCAUGAUUUGCAGGCCAAGCUAGACCUGUGUGCGCGACAGCUACAAAGCCUGGAUAUCUUGGGCUUUGGGGAGAUCGAGCGCUUGGAGCACUCGGCCCUCACACGAGUGGCUCGACACCUGGAGGAAGUGAUUCAGCUUAUGACCCAGGAAAUCCGGGUGAUGCGCGCCCUCGAGGUGGAGCUGGUUCGUUCCGAGCGAGAGACCGUCAGCCAGCUUGCUGCGCAGUUAACCAGUCCUUCACGAGAUAGGAGAGCUCCGCAGGUUGGGGCAUGGAGGAGCUUCUAA